GCUCGCAGCAAAUCGACCCAAGUAUGCCGGAAAGUACAGCAAAGAUGUGCGACGCAGGCGAUAUUUGCCAGUUGUAUCCCCGAGAUUAUUGACUUGAUCGGGACUAGACCAAAGUAUGGUGGCACCUUGAAGAACGAGAGAGGCAGAAGGCACAUCGUGGUUUGUGGCCACAUCACCUACGAGUCAGUUUCGCACUUCUUGAAAGAUUUCCUUCACGAGGACAGGGAGGACGUCGACGUCGAAGUAGUUUUCUUACAUAGGAAACCGCCUGACCUUGAACUGGAAGGUCUCUUCAAGAGACAUUUCACAACGGUAGAAUUCUUCCAAGGUACCAUCAUGAACCCUAUUGACCUGCAAAGGGUCAAGGUACACGAAGCCGAUGCGUGCCUAGUUUUAGCCAACAAAUACUGCCAAGACCCAGAUGCAGAGGAUGCAGCAAACAUAAUGCGAGUAAUUUCGAUCAAGAAUUACAGCGACGAUAUUAGAGUAAUUAUUCAACUGAUGCAGUACCACAAUAAGGCUUAUUUACUGAACAUUCCUUCGUGGGAUUGGAAGCAAGGAGACGACGUGAUCUGUCUGGCGGAGCUGAAGCUCGGCUUCAUUGCACAAUCGUGUCUCGCCCCAGGAUUCUCCACGAUGAUGGCCAACCUCUUCGCGAUGAGAUCCUUCAAAACUUCCCCCGACACGCAAGUCUGGCAGAACGAUUACCUGCAAGGCACAGGAUGCGAGAUGUACACUGAGACUCUGUCCCCAUCCUUCACGGGCAUGUCCUUCCCGCAGGCCAGCGAGUUGUGCUUCACCAAACUGAAGCUGCUUUUACUGGCGAUCGAAGUGAAGGGCACCGAAGGAGCGGACACGAAGAUCUCCAUAAACCCGAGGGGCGCUAAGAUUGUGGCAAAUACUCAGGGAUUCUUUAUUGCGCAAUCUGCGGACGAGGUGAAAAGGGCCUGGUUCUACUGCAAGGCGUGCCAUGACGAGAUCAAGGACGAGACCCUCAUCAAGAAGUGCAAAUGCAAAAAUUUGGCGGCUCACCACCAUCGUAACUGGUCCCAUGAGCUAGGUAAUUUUUCACUCUCGAGAUCUACAUAGAUCCCGAUCAGCUCGUUUCC